AUGGGCCAGCUGCAGCUCUGGCUUGCCGUCCUGGCCGGGCUCUCGGAGAUCGUGGCCCAGGAAGGACACCCCAACCUCCUGCCACGUCCCCCCUCUCAUCCCCCAGACCUGUACCGAAAGGUGUUCGUCUUCCGCAAGGACCCCAGCGAUGCCUACGUGUUGCUGAGGGCCAAGCUUGAGCAGCCGCUGCAGAACUUCACCGUGUGCUUGCGGUCCUACACCGACCUGACCCGGCCCUACAGCCUCUUCUCCUACGCCACCAAGGCGCAGGACAACGAGAUCCUCCUCUUCAAGCCCAAGCCCGGCGAGUACCGGUUCUAUGUGGGGGGCAGGUUCGUCACCUUCCGCGUCCCCGAGGGCCGCGGGGACUGGGAACACGUCUGCGCCAGCUGGGAGUCGGCCACCGGCAUCGCCGAGUUUUGGCUCAACGGGAAGCCCUGGCCCCGCAAGGGGCUGCAGAGGGGCUACACGGUGGGGGUGCAGGCGGCCAUCCUGCUGGGGCAGGAGCAGGACGCCUUUGGGGGUGGCUUCGACGUCUACAACUCUUUCUCGGGAGAGCUGGCCGACAUCUACCUGUGGGAUGCAGGGCUGUCCCCAGACAAGAUGCGAGCCGCCUACCAGUCCCUGCGCCUGCCGCCCGCUGUCCUGGCCUGGAAGAGCCUAAGCUACGAAGUGAAAGGCGACGUGGUGGUGAAACCCCGGCUCCGGGAGGUGCUGGGGCCAUGAGAGCCGGCCGGAUCCGGGGCUGGGGCAGCCUCAGCCCCCGCUCUCCCCUCCCCGCCCCAUCACCCCUUGGCUUCUACAACCCCCCAAGAAGAAGGUGCCAUCUGUGUGCCCC